UCAUUUAAUUCUGUCACCUACGCUGCUAACUUUUAUGAGGUUAAAAUCUCAGUUCCUGGGAAAAGCUGCCAUAUCUCUGUUACAAGGUGAGAGAUUACACAGGUUCUUGGGCAGAGCGGCUCUGUCUCUCUUGGGAACAUUGGCCUUAUCCUGGCCUAGCACACACACAUCUGUCACUGUGCCUCUCAGGAAGGGAGGGGGAAGGAGAAUAAAGGAUGAAUGAAUACUUUUAAUAAAAGGGGGGAAUCUGCGUCCAUCUCUGAUGCGCAAGUUUCCUACAGAGAGGAUCU